CAUCAGGCUUCAAUCUCUGAGAAUUUAAACUCUUACCAGAUCUGUAUAUUUUUCUUAAAGGCAAUGAUGUUGUCCACUGGACAUGUUCGGACCAAGGAGGCAGGUCUGAGAACGUAGCAGAAGCUGAAAUAGGAAAGCUGGGGCGAGGAAGAGCCUUGAACCUUGAGGUGGGACACUGACUCUAAGAUGUCCUUGAGCAGUGGAGCCUGCGGAGGGAAAGGAGUGGAUACAAACCCAGUUGAGACAUACGACAGUGGGGAUGAAUGGGACAUUGGAGUAGGGAAUCUCAUCAUCGACCUGGACGCCGAUCUGGAAAAGGACCAGCAGAAACUGGAAAUGUCAGGCUCCAAGGAAGUGGGAAUACCAGCUCCCAAUGCUGUGGCCACACUACCAGACAACAUCAAGUUUGUCACCCCAGUGCCAGGUCCUCAAGGGAAAGAAGGCAAAUCAAAAUCCAAAAGGAGUAAGAGUGGCAAAGACACUAGCAAGCCCGCUCCAGGGACGUCAUUGUUCUCUCCAAGUGAGGGAGCAGCAAACAAGAAAGAGGCGCAGGGUCGCUCAGGAGAUGGUGCCCCUGCAGGAGGCCUGGUUGCUGCUGUUGUUCCCAAGGGCUCAGAGAAAGCUGCUAAGGCGUCACGCAGUGUAGCUGGCUCCAAAAAGGAAAAGGAGAACAGCUCAUCUAAGGGCAAGAAGGAGAGAAGUGAAGGUGUGGGGACUUGUUCGGAAAAGGAUCCUGGGGUCCUCCAGCCAAUUCCCUUGGGUGGACGGGGUAGUCAGUAUGACGGAAAUACAGGGAUGGACACGGGAGCUGUGGAGCCCCUUGGGAGCAUAGCUGUUGAACCUAGGGCAGCGCUCAAUCCCUUGGGAACUAAGCCGGAACCAGAGGAAGGGGAGAGUGAGUGUCGGCCACUAAAGAAAGUCAAGUCUGAAAAGAUGGAGUCCCCAGUCUCCACCCCAGGGGUGCUGCCGCUGCAUCUGUUAGUGCCAGUGGUCAAUAACGACAUCUCAUCUCCCUGUGAGCAGAUCAUGGUCCGCACCCGAUCAGUUGGAGUCAACACAUGUGAUGUGGCUCUAGCCACAGAGCCCGAGUGCUUAGGUCCCUGUGAGCCUGGAACCAGCGUCAACCUCGAAGGCAUCGUGUGGCAGGAAACAGAAGAUGGGAUGUUGGUGGUAAAUGUGACAUGGAGAAACAAAACAUAUGUAGGUACACUUCUUGACUGCACAAGGCAUGAUUGGGCACCGCCAAGGUUCUGUGACUCUCCCACCAGUGACUUGGAAAUGCGUAACGGUAGAGGAAGAGGCAAGCGCAUGCGUCCUAACAGUAACACGCCUGUCAGUGAGACAGCCACAGCUUCUGACAGCAAAGGAACCAGCAGCAGCAGCAAGACCCGAGCAGGAGCCAAUAGCAAAGGCCGUCGGGGUAGCCAGAACUCCUCAGAGCACCGCCCUCCUGCCAGCAGUGCCUCUGAGGACGUCAAAGCCAGCCCUUCCUCAGCCAAUAAGCGGAAAAGCAAACCUCUUUCAGACAUGGAGCUGAAUUCUAGCUCAGAGGACUCCAAAGGGAGCAAGCGUGUCCGUACAAAUUCCAUGGGCUCAGCCACGGGGCCCCUCCUUGGGACCAAGGUAGAACCAACUAUUGUGGACAGAAAUUGUCCCUCCCCAGUCCUGAUUGACUGUCCCCACCCAAACUGCAACAAAAAGUACAAGCACAUUAAUGGACUUAAGUACCACCAAGCUCACGCCCACACAGACGAUGACAGCAAACCAGAAGCUGAUGGAGACAGUGAAUAUGGAGAAGAGCCUACCCUCCAUGCAGACCUCAGCAGCUGCAAUGGUGCAUCUGUCUCACAGAAAGGAUCCUUGUCCCCUGCCCGCUCAGCUACCCCCAAAGUUCGGCUUGUUGAGCCUCACAGCCCUUCUCCUUCAAGCAAAUUCAGCACAAAAGGCCUCUGUAAGAAAAAACUGAGUGGGGAGGGAGACACAGACCCUGGAGCUUUAUCCAAUGAUGGCUCUGAUGAUGGACCCUUGGUAAUGGAUGAAACAAGCAACGAUGCCUUUGACUCUUUGGAAAGGAAGUGUAUGGAAAAAGAAAAAUGUAAAAAGCCCUCCAGUUUGAAAUCUGAAAAGAUUCCAUCCAAGAGCUUAAAAUCAGCCCGCCCCAUUGCCCCUGCCAUCCCCCCACAACAGAUCUACACUUUCCAGACAGCCACCUUCACAGCAGCAAGCCCAGGGUCCUCCUCAGGCUUGACCACCACUGUGGUCCAAGCAAUGCCCAACAGUCCCCAACUCAAGCCCAUUCAGCCCAAGCCCACUGUCAUGGGAGAACCUUUCACAGUCAACCCUGCCCUGACCCCUGCCAAGGACAAGAAAAAGAAAGACAAAAAAAAGAAGGACUCAUCAAAGGAAGUUGAAAGUCCUCUGACCCCUGGGAAGGUAUGCCGAGCAGAAGAAGGUAAGAGCCCGUUCAGAGAAUCAACAGGAGAUGGAAUAAAAAUGGAGGGCCUUCUGAAUGGCUCCUCAGAGUCCCAUCAAAGCCGGUUAGCUAGUAUCAAGGCUGAAGCUGAUAAGAUUUACAGUUUCACUGACAAUGCCCCCAGCCCUUCAAUUGGAGGCAGCAGCCGCCUAGAUAGUACUACCCCAACCCAACCCUUAACUCCCCUACAUGUAGUGACCCAGAAUGGAGCUGAAGCCAGCUCUGUCAAAACCAAUAGCCCUGCCUACUCUGACAUCUCUGAUGCUGGGGAGGAUGGGGAGGGCAAGGUGGACAGCGCCAAGUCGAAGGACCCUGAGCUGCUGGUGAAAGAAGGGGCUAAGAAAACACUUUUCCCCCCUCAGCCACAGAGCAAAGACUCACCGUAUUAUCAAGGCUUUGAAAGUUACUACUCUCCAGGUUAUGCACAGUCCAGCCCAGGGGCUCUCACCUCAAGCAGCCAGGCAGGAAUGGAGGGCCAGGCUAUAAAGACAAAAAAGGAUGAGGAGCCUGAGAGCAUAGAAGGGAAAGUAAAAAAUGAUGUCUGUGAGGAGAAGAAGCCGGAGCUGAGCAGUUCCAGUCAGCAGCCCUCUGUCAUCCAGCAGCGGCCCAGCAUGUACAUGCAAUCCCUGUACUACAACCAGUAUGCCUAUGUGCCUCCAUAUGGCUACAGCGACCAGAGCUACCACACACACCUCCUGAGCACCAACACCGCUUAUCGGCAGCAGUAUGAAGAACAGCAGAAGCGUCAGAGCUUGGAGCAGCAGCAGCGGGGACUGGACAAGAAGACAGAGAUGGGCCUGAAAGAGCGGGAGGCAUCACUCAAGGAAGAGUGGAAGCAAAAGCCGUCAAUUCCACCAAUUCUCACCAAGGCCCCCAGCCUGACAGACCUGGUGAAGUCAGGGCCAGGCAAGGCCAAGGAGCCAGGGACUGACCCUGCCAAGUCUGUCAUCAUUCCCAAAUUAGAUGACUCAUCAAAACUCCCCAGCCAGCCCCCUGAAGGCCUUAAAGGGAAGCUGGGUGAGGCCAGCCACCUAGGCAAGGAGGCGUCUGAGGCUAAGACAGGCACUGAGUGUGGCCGACAGGCAGAGGUGGAUCCAAUACUCUGGUACCGACAGGAGACAGAACCUCGGAUGUGGACAUAUGUUUAUCCUGCCAAAUACUCAGACAUCAAGUCAGAGGAUGAUCGGUGGAAAGAGGAACGGGACCGAAAAUUAAAGGAAGACAGGAGCCGGAGUAAGGACUCUGUUCCCAAGGAAGACGGGAAGGAAAGCACAAGCAGUGACUGCAAGCUACCCCCAUCUGAGGAACCCCGCCUCGGGAGCAAGGAGGCCCGCCCCAGCGUCCACGUGCCCGUGUCCUCCCCGCUCACCCAGCACCAGUCCUACAUCCCCUACAUGCAUGGCUACUCCUACAGCCAGUCAUACGACCCCAGCCACCCCAGCUACCGGGGAAUGCCUGCAGUGAUGAUGCAGAACUACCCAGGUUCCUAUUUGCCUUCCAGCUAUUCUUUCUCCCCGUAUGGCAGCAAGGUCUCAAGUGGCGAGGAUGCUGACAAGGCACGUGCCAGCCCCAGUGUAACCUGUAAAGCCAGCUCAGAGUCCAAAGCCCUGGAUAUCUUGCAGCAACAUGCCAGUCACUACAAGAGCAAGUCUCCGACGAUAAGUGACAAAAAUUCUCAGGAGAGAGAUCGGGGAGGCUGUGGGGUGGCUGGGGGUGGUGGCAGCUGUGGCAGUGUUGGGGGAGCAGGAGGUGCUGACAGGAAUGCCGACCGGCCCCGCACAUCCCCUUCCCAGCGCCUGAUGUCCACACACCACCACCACCACCUGGGCUACUCCUUGCUCCCAGCACAGUACAACCUACCCUACGCUGCAGGGCUUUCUUCUACAGCCAUUGUUGCCAGCCAGCAAGGCUCAACUCCCUCACUUUACCCACCCCCCCGGAGGUGAGAAUGAACACCAAGUGCCCAGAUGAAGUCAGCUUCAUGGGCCAGACUGGCUCAUUCGAGGUGAUGCUGGAGGUGCCAUUUUACCAUCAGUUACGGUGUUGAUCAUCCUGUUUGCCAUUCCUACCGUGACUGAAGGCAGACCCUUGGCUGUCUCACCUCCACUAGACCCUCCGACCCCCUGACCCUCCCUCUUCCUCAGGAGCUGGAAAACUGGUACUUUGCAAAAAUACUUAUUCUCUCAGCCACAGUUCUGUUGUGGCAUCGAAGUAGAUGAAGGCAUAGGAGCAACUGAGCGAGCGCAGCCUCAUCCCAGAGAAAUCACUACUCUGUCACCUUAGCCCCGGUCUACUGCCAGAGCAGCACCACACACAUCUGGGAGGGACCCCAAGCGUGGGACAAGGUCUGAGGACAGCACAGCAGCCAUACCCUCACAGUCAUCACCACCAUAAACCAGAUUCCACAUCUCCUCAGUGGUUUGGGCCCUGGGAACUGGCAGCACGUGGAGAAAUUAGAAUCUCAGGAAAGAAGUAGGGAGCUGUUUCCUCCAUAAUUGCGAAGACAAGGCCUUCAAGUGUGGAGACAUCCCCCGCUGAUAUGAGCACAGAUAAAUGCUCAGAGCCUAACCUGUAAAGGGGAGAGUAAGGCACUUACCCACCAGAGUCCUGUGCUCCUGUUAGGCUGAAGACGGGUUCUAGCAACAGCACAGGGCUCCCUGGGCAUGCUGGGAGGAGCUGGAGCAUAAAUGGAGUCUGUGAAAUUGAAUCCGCUUCCUCACCAAAAUUCCUGCUGCUUUUCAUCUCCCAACUCCUUGCCCUUUCUCUUUCCUUUUUAACCCCUUGGUGCCUUUCCCAGGGGGGAGUCCCCAUACUGACCUCACCUCUUCUGCUGCUUUGCUCCUACCUUGGAGUCUGCCACAUCACUUUAAAGCAGCAACUGGAAGGCAGGCUGUUCUUGGAGACAUUCAGUUAUCUGAGUAUCCUUCUCAUUUAGGGUCACAAAUCUAUACAUCCCAGUUCCUCUGUCUACAGGUACAUGAUUUUAUACAGUUCACUCUGUAACUCGAUAUGUGCCAAUUUGAAGAGUGUCUUUGUUACAUACGUUUUUGUUUUAGGGUCCACUGGCCAAGGAGGUGAUUUGCUCCUUAGACCCUAAAACAGCAUAUCCAAGCUUUGCAUGCACAAGUCAGCGUGGACUCUGGAUAAGGCUAUGAGGUGUCAGGCAUUUCUCUGUUCUCCUGAGCUACAAAGUCCUGUUAGUGGAAAGUGAUGGAGUCACUUCUACCCAGCAUGUGAAAUGUUUUUUUAGUUCUCUGCUGUUGCAGGGUAUCAUCCCUUUGUAACCCUUGCCUCCUGUCUUUGCUCCUUGGACUGCAGGAGAGAGAGAAAGAUGCACAGAUACCAGCUUAGGCUAAUAAAGAGCUUGUAAAAAGCACGUCAAAACUGAUAGUUUAAGAGCAGAAAAGUAGGUAGCUCUAACUUCUUUGGGAAAGUGGGGUGGUGGGAGACAGUAAGCACAAAGCUCAAGAGAAGCUAGCUCCCAAGAACUAGUGAACCCUCCCUAUAUAGAAUCAGGCUUCAGUAGUUACCACCUCUCACCUCCAAACCUUUCCUGUUUCCAAGUCCUUGUUUUUGUUCCAGUUGGGUUCUGAGCACUUGGAAAAAUCCUUUUGUUUAGACCUGUUUGUAGGACUCCAAACAGCCUCCUUACCACCAUCGUUCCCCCUGCCACAUGCUGCCACAUGCUGCCCCAGUAAGCAGUAGUCUGGGCAGUGACCCCCUUUCAUUCACAGAGGUAGAUGUUGGGGACGCCAUCUUACCUAAUUCAUUACCCUUACUAAGAAAGCGACUGUCGGCCUAAUUAUGCUCCCCCACCUCCUUCCAAGACUCCAGUGAGUAGAGCCAUGCUCCCAUCUGUUCCUGUUUUUUUAUAUAUAUCUGUAACACUGGCUUACAGUGUGCUUUGUACAUAUUGUUUUAAAAAAAAUUGGAGCAAUUUUGUUUUUCAUUGGGUAAGCAUGGCCCACAUUCCUGCCCUUUCCACUUCAUUUUAUAACAGAGGUGUGUCCGUAUUUGCAAGACAGCCCUAAGAUUCUGCAGAAGAAACAGCCUUCUCUCUCUCCUCUCUCCCCUUCCCCUCCCUCCCUUUCUGUCUCUCUCCCCUCUUCCCGAGAAAAAGUCAUCUCUUUGUUCCCUCUACCCAAGUGUCCCUUUAAGAACAGGCGCUGCUCUGAAAUGAGAUUAGCAGUAGAAAAAUGACACUAUGUUUUCAGCUUGAUCCUCCUGGUCCCUAGUCUGAGUCCAGUCUUCCCUCUCUGAAAUAGUAUUACACAACUGCAGCUGUCCGCACUCCACAGUAGGGAACUACCUGUGACACCUAGUCAGAAAGACAAGAUCUGGUGCAGACCACCAAACCAAGCCUUUCACUACACCAUCCUGCCCUAUGCUCUUGGUGUUAAUGAUCUCAAGAGACCCAUGUGGAAGAGAAGCUAUAGGAAGUAGGGGCCUCACCCUGAGGAAGGGCAGCUACCGCUUAACAGCUGCUGCUUAGGAUUCGCAUCUGCUUCCUCAUUUAUGGUGUGCCAGCUCCCUUCAGCUCGUGUCCAUGUUGUACAUGUAGGCUCCACUUAGCCUACACUCUCCAACAUCUCCAGGUCAAAGAAACACACGGAAGGGUAAGAGGGUACCCUUCAAAAUGAUCAUGUACCUCCUCUACAGGCUCCAGGGUGGGGUUGGGGGGGGGGGACUUAGUUUAAGGGAGUUAAGACUGCAGAAGGGCCAGAGAGUUGGGUAUAGGUUUGAGGCCUCAUCACUUACCCCAUAUACCCUAUCUGUGUACUCUGAUGCCCCCCAAGAUUCAGCUGGGCAGCUAGCUGGCCCAUAAUUCUGGGCCUUUGUCACUUAUUACUAGGACAUCCCAGGAAACUUUCCAGUGAUUCCCUGCCAUGGGCCCCUCCCAGGCCUUGUCCCCAGCCCCUCCUGCCCCAGCCCACCCGCUUGCCUUGGUGCUCAGCCCUCCCAUUGGGAGCAGGUUGGGGCAAGCUGGAGGCCCGGGCUGGAGGGACAGUGUUGCCGUUCAUAGCUUUUGUUCCAUUGAUGUUGCUCUGUUGAAUUUAAUUUCAGUCUUCCUGAUUCUUCCCUUCUGUAAAGUGUACAUUACCAAGUUCCUUGUUUUUUUAUAUACAUAUAUAUAUAUAAAUAUAUAUAUAUAUAUAUAUACAAACUGUACUCUUUUUGCCUUUGUACAUUCAGGCAAGAAGAGAAAAUAAAUCUUUUUAAGAGACAAUCACAAAUCUGUGAGGGCUGCUGGUUAUUUCUCCUGGAGUUUGCUGCUGAGCUGCUGCCUCCUCCCUCAGCUCCCUGUCUUUUCUCUCGCCCUGCUCCAUAUGCACCCUCUGCUUUACCUUUCCUGGCUGACAGUGAGCUGCUGAACCCAGUAUGCCGACUGCCUGCCCUGUAGCUUCUUCCUGCCCGGCAUUGUUUUCCAGCUUGGCCACUGGCUGAUCCUGUAUCCUUCCUGACCUCUUUUUUUUUUUUUAACCCUUAGCUCUCAUUCACCAAAGUGGCUUUGGACCCCUGGGUGCUCUGGGACCUGCCUCCCAGAGGCCCUUGGCUUUGGACAUUCAUUCAUCUAUGAAACUAUGCACCUGGGAGCUCUCUGCCUGAGAUUUUGCACUACUUAAACCUGCCUGGGUGUUAGAAUGAAAGGUUUUUAGGAACAAGUGGGAAAUUACCCACCACCCACCCACCCAGCACUCCACCCCACACUACCCCUACCCAUCCUAGCCUCAGAAGUCUGAUGGUUCCAGGACUAUGCCUGGACUCCCAUGGUUACCCUAUGCUAUCAAGGGCUAAGGAUCUAUUGGUAAGAGCUUUUGAGAUUCAAAUAGUGAUACUGUCUGAAACAGCAGCCCAGCCAAACCAUGUUCAUACUUGUCUUCUUUCCUUACCUUCUCUUCCCCCUUCCCCCUUUGUUUCUACUUCCUUUUCUUAAUUGGCUUUGGAAUUGAAGUAUAUUUUUAAAUUAUUUGUUGUAUUUAUUGAAUAAAGUUUUUAAUGUCCCUGUUCUUACA